UUGCACAGCAGAGUUGUUCGGUUGCCGGCGGACGGUUUGGGUGUGGAGGGAAACAUCAGCGUGUCAGUGCUGCAAGGGUGGAUUCUGAUAUCACGCGAGCAAUGUCUCGGUUCAAACGAGUGAAUAAGGGGGACUCUCUGGCGGGCUUCAGGAGGGAGAACCCAGAACCGACUGUUCCUUACGGUCUGCUGAAGGCAGCGAGGAAAAGCGGGCAGCUGAACCUGUGUGGCCGAGGGCUGACUGAGGUCCCUCAGAGUGUGUAUCGUCUCAGCAUUGACACACCAGAGGAGGCCCAGCAGGAUGUGUCCUUUGGAGAAUCAGAUCGCUGGUGGGAACAGACUGAUCUCACAAAACUGCUGCUCUCAUCCAAUCAACUUACACAAUUGUCGGAAGACAUCAAACUGCUGCCUGGACUGAUUACACUUGAUCUCCAUGACAACCACUUGAGCAGUUUACCCAGUGCUUUAGGAGAGCUGCAGGAGCUGCAGGAACUGCGACUCAGUCAUAAUCAGCUGUCAUCACUGCCAGUGGAGAUAUUUACUCUGAGGAACCUUUGUAGCCUCACGUUGCAGCACAAUCUCCUGGAAAGCCUGCCAGAGGAACUGGGACAACUAGAGAACCUGACAGCGCUGGACCUGUCCAACAACAAUCUGAAGGACCUGCCCUCCAGUCUUGGCUGUCUCACCAGUCUGCAGAAAGUAAUCCUCUGUCACAACAAGCUUCAUUCUCUGCCUGACAGCCUAGCAGAGCUCACAAAUGUUAAGCUCUUGGACUGCAGCAGUAACCAACUGACUGACAUUUCUGCCAGCCUAUCAAAGAUGCUCUCACUAGAGCAACUUUACCUUAGACACAACAAGCUCCGGCACCUCCCACAGCUCCCCACACCUGCACUUAAGGAGUUGUAUGUUGGAAACAACCUAAUUGAGAAGUUGGAGACAGAGGAGCUGGCGAGCCUGACAGCCAUAUCCCUGCUAGAACUCAGAGACAACAAAAUCAAAAUCCUCCCUGAACAGAUCACGUUACUGAGCACACUCACACGUCUCGACCUCACCAACAAUGACAUUGCCACUCUUCCAGCGACUCUCAGCCUACUGCCCAAUCUGAAGGUAUUGCUGUUGGAGGGAAACCCCCUACGAGGAAUCAGGAGAGACCUUCUCACCAAAGGAACCAAUGAACUUCUGAAAUAUUUAAAAGGAAGAAUUAAAGAGGAGCCUGAGAAAGCAGAAGAAGGACAUACAGCGAUGACAUUACCCAGCCAGGCUAUGGUCAAUGUGCAUAACAUUCAAACUCUCAAGGUAUUGGCGUACAGUGACAAGCAGGCAGGCAGUAUUCCAGAUGAGCUGUUUGAUGCUGCAGCACAUCAAGGUGUUGCCACGGUCAACUUCAGCAAGAACCAGCUGACUUCCAUUCCUCCCAGACUGGUGGAGUUCCAGUCUUCGCUGUCAGACAUCAACCUGGGUUUCAACAGACUGACCUGCUGUUCUCCUGACAUCGGCAAUUUACUACAGCUGACACACAUUGAUCUCAGGUACACACAGGCACGGAUCAGCACAUCUACAUUUUCAAU